CUUUGCCUUAUCAAAUAAAAACAUUAAUAAAAAAUAACAAAUCAUAAUGUCAGUUUUCGCGCUUAUAUGAUGCUACCUAGUGGUUACAACGCUGAACGCUAAACUUAAACAAAUUUCGGCGUAUAAAUUGCAUAUCUAAUUCGUUACUCGUAUCAAGGGUAUAAUUAAAGUAAUAAUGAAGUUUUGAAUAACUGGAGGCUAUAAACGUUUGAAUAAAACUCCUAAUAUCAACACUCAAGAAAAGUUAUUAACAAAAAUGAACAAUUGUGUUGUUCCAAUUGGAAAUGAGGAUGAGAACAAUGAUGAUACUAUUGAGGUAAGGCGAGGAACUAAAGAAAAAAUUAAAACAGACAGCAGAGAAAAUUCAACUAGUCGAAAAAAAAUUAAGUUGAAUAUUAAAAAUGAAACUGAAGAAAAUGGUAAACCUAAGAGAAAGCUGCUUGAAUUGGAAACAGAUCCAUCAAUAUUACAAAGACGGCAAAAACAAAUAGAUUAUGGCAAAAAUACUGUUGGUUAUCAUAGCUAUUUACAGAAAGUUCCUAUAGAUAAGCGCACAAAAGAGGACCCAAAAACGCCUGACAAAUAUACAAAAUAUAGUAGAAGAUCUUGGGAUAUGUUAAUAAAAAUGUGGAGAAAGAAAUUACAUCAGUAUGAUACAGAAGCUAACAAGGAGCCUACAAUGGAAUCUGAUGAAGAUUUAGAUUCAUAGUUAUGUGUAUUUAGAAAAAAAUAAAUAAUAAAUUACUAUGCA